CUAGACCUCGUUCAAAUCAAACACCAUGACUAGUACCACUGAAGAGAAAAUUCGUGCUACCUUUCCCGACCUCGAAUGGUUCCCCCUCCCACCACCGGCAGUGCAUCCUGCCUACAACUAUCAAGGCUUCCACCCAGGCAAGAAGACAGUGCUUUCCGCAGGACAUGUGCGAUCACCAGGCCAUCGCGCAUUCCACACAGACGUGCUGUUCGAGCAGGAUAUAGCCAUUACCCUCCGUGACGGCAUCAAGAUAUACACAGAUAUCUUUCGACCUGUCGACUCCGACGCCAGCCCCGUCCCAGCCAUCAUCCCAUGGAGUCCCUAUGGCAAGACAGGCACCGGUCCGCAGAGCUACGAUAGCAUGGCGCCCUUCCGCGUUGGACUCGAGAAGAGUCGGACCUCAGGCUAUGAGAAGUUCGAAGCCCCCGAUCCCGCCGAAUGGGUGCCUCGCGGCUAUGCCAUCAUCAACAUCGACGCCCGCGGCGCUGGCAACUCCGAAGGCAACAUCACCUUCUGGGGCCAACAAGAAGCCGAAGACAUCUAUGACACGAUCGAUUGGUUGUCCAAACAGCCCUGGUGCAAUGGCUCCGUUGGGAUGGCAGGCAACUCAUGGCUCUCCAUCGCACAGGUCAACUUUGCCUCGCGACUCGAGCAUCCUGCCCUCAAAGCCCUCGCUCCCUGGGAAGGCCUCACAGACCUAUACCGAGACCUAACCAUGCGCGGCGGCAUGAAGCACAACGAGGCCUUCCACAAACUAAUCCUCACUGGAUUUGCCGGUCACGGAACCGCAGAGAACAUGCCCGCCAUGCUAAGCAAACGACCCUUCGACGACGCCUACUGGCAAAGCAAACGCAUCCACGCCGAACGCAUCGGCGACAUUCCCCUCUACAUCCUCGCAUCCUACUCCUCGAUGCUGCACACGCGUGGCUCCUUCGAAACCUUCCGCACCGCCAAAAGCACCCGAAAAUGGCUCCGCGUACACCCACACCAAGAAUGGUACGACUUAUACCGACCGGAGAUGGUCGACGACCUCUCUCGUUUCUUCGACCGCUACCUCAAAAACACACCCAACGACUGGGAAAGCACACCACCCGUGCGCCUCUCCCUCCUAGGCUUCGAAGGCAGCUCCGUGCCCACCAUCCUCGAACGCCCCGAACAAACCUACCCAUUAACCCGCCAGGAGCUCAAGAAAUUCUACCUCAACGCAUCAACCAAGACCCUCCAACCCUCUCUCCCAGACACAGCCACCUCAACAACCCAUUCCGCCCUCCACGGCACUUCCGACUUCACCCUCCACUUCCCCACCCCCACUCAGUUAGCUGGAUACCCCCGCGUCCACCUAUGGCUCUCCACCCCCCACCACACAGACAUGGACAUCAUCGUGCAAAUCCGCAAGAUCUCCACGACCGGCGAACUCCUCGAACACCUCAACUACCCGUGUCCCGUGCCCGUCGACGCCGUCCCCAACGUCAACACAGCCAAGACGCUCGGGCCGCAGGGGUUCCUGCGUGCGUCGCAUGCCGUCACGCGCGACGAGACGCUCUCCACGGAGCAUGAGAUCGUGUAUAAACAUGAUCGCGCGGAGAUGAUACCCGCCGGAAAGAUCGUGCCGAUUGAUAUUACGUUGUGGCCGAUUGGGAUGGUGUUUGGGGCUGGGGAGGGGAUUAUGUUGAGAGUGGCGGGGCGU